AUAACUUUGUUAUAUCCACCGAACUGAUUCAAUAACUCUGUUUCUGAUUUGUUUUCGUAGAGAAAGUAAAUUAAACAAACAAUGGAAUCUAACGAGGAAGAAGCCAAAAUAGCAAUGGAUACUGCUGAGAAGAAACUCUCGGAGAAUGAUUACAAUGGAGCGAAGAUCAACGGAGAAGCUGACUGGUAUGGCAUACUCGGCGUAGAUCCUUUAGCUGAUGAUGAAGCGAUGAAGAAACAGUACAAGAAGUUGGCUCUUUUGCUUCAUCCGGACAAGAAUAGGUUUAAUGGCGCGGAAGGCGCGUUUAAGCUGGUCUUACAAGCUUGGGAUUUAUUAUCUGACAAAGAUAAGAGAGCUGCGUAUGAUAGAAAGAGGAAACGGAAAAGGAGCAGAAUGCAGGAUCCACCAAAGCCACACGAGUACGAGUCCAGGUACAAAUCUGACCCUGAGCCUGAGCAGCCUGAUCCUGAUUCUUCAUGGGAACAGGAGAAUCCACGGGAACCAAGGAAGUCAUUUUCUUUUGGACAGUAUGCAAAAACAAGACGUGCAACACACAUUGUAAAUUUGUGAAGUCUCGACGUUAUCUUAACAAGACCUUGUGUUGUCCAAACUGCCGGCAGUGUUUCGUUGCGACCGAGAUCAUUCCAGAGAUGGUCGAUGGGAGGCCAGUGUACAGAUUUAGUGCCAAGUUUCAACGAACAAGCGAAAGCACAAGUGAUGAUGCUUCUUCUUCGAACACUUCAGAUUCUGAUAGCGCAAAUCAAGCACAAGAAAAGAUUAUUCCAGCUACUUCUGCUAGAGGAGAUGAAAAGGAAGCAUAGAGGCUUUUUAUCAAGAUUACAACAGAGAGACUUGUUGAUAGAUGCGACAUAACAAGUAAGACAUGAGGAUUAAAAAUUUAUCUGUUUUUUUUCUCUGUUUUUUUGAAUCAGUAAUGGUUUUUUGAUUUGAUCUGAUGAAAUUUGGCUUAACGGUACUGCAAAUUAAAGAAUAGUUAUGGAGACACUUCUCUUUGCUAGGAAGGUACGAGACUAAUACAUCUUUCUUCUUUCAUUUCUUGACCUAUAAGUAACAUUCAUUAUUUCCACGGCUUUGUUUCCUGCUGUGCGGUCUAAUUUGUCUUUUGCAUGAGUUUCUGUGUUCCAAAGGUUGAUCUCAGCAGGUAGGUAUUCUUGCUCCAUUCCGCUUCUGAUGAUAUGUCUGAGAGACUAGUAUGCUUUUGAUAGAACCGUCUGAAACCAUUAUUCAAGAGUGAGUUGGAUAAGAGUUAGUGUUAAAACAAGGUAACGGUGAGUAUUGUUGACCCUCUGUAGUUUAGUAGGUGAUGUAAAGAGAUGAAAAUCACAUAUUGCAAUCUCUAUUAUUAUAAGCCUCUAUCAAGCCUGAUAUAUCUCUGUUAUUACUCUGUUUCAUCCUCUAUUCAUUUUUGAAACGGAUAUUUGCAGUUGUGAGUUUAUCAUCUAUAUCUUGACACUAGGAUAACUGAAAUGAAGAGUCAAUUAUAUCAUAGUGAAACUUUAGAAAACUCCGUAAUCAGGUUUCUUGAGGCCAGUCGUCAACCUCUCAUCAUCUCCUCAACAAUGGAGCGCUCCAAACCGAUCAGAGCUAGGUAAAACUAAAAGCCACACAAAACACAGGUGAUGGUACUUAUUGAUAGAGAUAUUCUCCAUCAUUGGUUAGUUUUCACUGGAAUAGUUGGUUUUCGAUACCAAUCUAGUGGUAAUGCUGCAAAUCAGGUACAAGAAAUAUAUAUAACAAAAAAAGAGAAAUUGAGGAGUCAUGCUGCAGAGUUGAUUUUUACAUAUGUGAGAUAAGAGAAGACUUAUUUACAUGUUUCUAGAAGUUGCGGAGUUCUGCUUUUUAGCUUUUCAUGGGUGCUUUAUGACAUGUUAUGGUCAUCUUUUCAUCUUUAGACAAGAACAAGUUCUCCUUCCGUUGUCAAUAUGUAUAGUGUCCAUUUGUUGUAGAUAUUUUUGAUUCAAGGAAAUCCGGUUUUCAUGACUUGGAAUCCUUAUUUGUAUCUUGUUAGUAAAUAUAAAAAUACUUGUGUGUAUACUAAAUAUUGUAUACUAUAUAAGUUGUGUGUUUUCACAA